UCGUGUCCGAAGGAAGCAACGAUCAUACCCUUCACCUUAGAAGAAAUUGAUUUGAUUACGAAGGAGCAUAACGAGCUAAGAAACCAAGAGCAGGUGGCUAUAUGAAGUUGCCCAAGGCAGCCAGAAUGUUGACGAUGCAGUGGGACUUAGAUCUGGCGAAAGUGGCCGAUGAGGAUGUGUCAAAUGAAGAAGCUUUCUUGUGCCACAACGCCAGAAUAUUCGUAUACCGGCCAGAAUGAAGCUAUGUAAGCCAAAAGCUGCCAGUGGCCCGGCAAGGUUAUACUCAAGAAGCAAAUCGAGGACUGGAAGAGGCAGGGAAACUAUGCACGGGAUUACCAUUGUCCGGGCAAACAUCGGCUUACUUCCUUCAAAUGGUGCGCGAUAAAUGUAACCGUUUUGGAUGCGCCGUCACUUGCUUUACCGAAUCAGAUAGAAUCACGUAUCAGCUAAUGAAAUGCAUUUAUAGCUGCACCAUGGAAAUAUCCACCCCUUAUAAUCCCGUGUAUGUGACGUCGGCAGACUCAGGUGUAGACUGUCAGUUAGGCACCAACAAAGCUUACCCCAACCUGUGCCACAAGAGAGAACGCGCCGCGCCAUGCAACGCAACUAAGGAAGACAAGCCACGUCCAUAUCCUGUACAACCUACACCUGGAGACUGUCCCACUCAAUGUACAAUGCCUUCCUACCCACCGGAUAAAAAUUACAAGCCACCACCAAUACCGAAAAACCCGACUGUGCCUGCACCUGGUCCUGCCUUUCCAGCCCCAUCGCCGCCACCAUACUACAUUCACCAGCCUCCCUUUAUGGGGCCAAGGACUCUCAGGACAGCUCGAACAGCUGGACCAUCUCGAAAGAGAUCCCGGCAGAGGCCCCGACUCAAUUCCCAAGAGCUAGCCAGCGCGGAGUAUGACUUUUCCGAUUACAUUCAUGAUGUGGAUCCCUGUGACACCUGCACCACAACAACAUGCAACUUAAAGUAUGAUUGCUUUUAAUUAGUAGUAAAUCCGUUUGCAAUUGUCC